CACGACCGUAGCUACUCCCGCGGGGGCCCCUUCACUCACCCGGUGCCGGGGACUGGCCGCGCGGGCGGACCGGCCGGGGAGGGGGGAGGGGAGAGCGGGCGGAACCUUUGGGGCUGAGCCCGGGAUGCCACCGGAAGAAAAUUAAAUGUCGUCAGAAGACCGAGAAGCCCAGGAGGAUGAAUUGCUGGCCUUGGCAAGUAUUUAUGAUGAAGAUGAGUUUAAAAAAGCAGAGUCUGUUCAAGGAGGAGAAACCAGAAUCUGUUUGGAUUUGCCCCAGAAUUUCAAAAUAUUUGUGAGCGGCAAUCCCACGGAGUGUCUCCAGAAUGGUGGCUUUGAAUAUACAAUUUGCUUUCUGCCUCCACUUGUACUGAAUUUUGAACUUCCACCAGAUUAUCCAUCAACCUCCCCUCCAGCAUUCACCCUCAGUGGCAAAUGGCUUUCACCAACUCAGCUAACUGCUCUGUGCAAGCACUUAGACAACCUGUGGGAAGAACAUCGUGGCUGUGUGGUCCUGUUUGCCUGGAUGCAGUUUCUCAAGGAAGAAACCCUAGCAUACCUGAACAUUGCCUCUCCCUACGAGCUCAAAAUGGGCCCCCAGGGAAAUGUACAGAGCAGGACAUCUCUGGCUCCUCCUAACACAGAACUAGAUUUUGGGGGGGCAGCUGGCACUACAGUAGACCAGGAAGAAUUUGUGGAUGAGAGAGCUGUACAGGAUGUGGAGUCUUUGUCCAGCCUGAUACGGGAAAUCUUAGACUUUGAUCAAGCUCAGCAGAAAAAGUGCUUUAACAGUAAGAUGUACCUGUGCAAUAUCUGCUUUUGUGAGAAGUUGGGGAGCGAGUGUAUGUACUUCCUGGAGUGCAGGCAUGUCUACUGCAAAGCCUGUUUGAAGGACUACUUUGAAAUCCAGAUCAGGGAUGGCCAGGUGCACUGUCUCAACUGUCCAGAACCAAAGUGCUCCUCUGUUGCUACUCCUGGCCAGGUCAAAGAACUGGUAGAAGAAGAGUUGUUUGCACGUUAUGACCGCCUUCUUCUUCAGUCUACUUUAGACUUGAUGGCAGAUGUAGUAUAUUGUCCAAGGCCAUGCUGUCAGACUCCUGUCAUGCAAGAACCAGGAUGUACCAUGGGAAUCUGUUCCAGUUGCAACUAUGCCUUCUGUACACUUUGCAAAAUGACUUAUCAUGGAGUUUCUCCAUGUAAAGUAACUGCAGAAAAGCUAAUUGACUUGAGGAAUGAAUAUCUUGGAGCAGAUGAGGCCAAUAAACGAUUUUUGGAACAGAGGUAUGGUAAAAGGGUGAUUCAGAAAGCACUAGAAGAAAUGGAAAGUAAAGAAUGGCUAGAAAAGAACUCAAAGAGCUGCCCUUGCUGUGGCACUCAUAUAGAGAAAUUAGAUGGGUGUAACAAGAUGACAUGUACUGGCUGUAUGCAAUAUUUCUGCUGGAUUUGCAUGGGUUGUCUGUCUAGAGCAAACCCUUAUAGACAUUUCAAUGAUCCAUCUUCCCCAUGCUUUAACCGGUUAUUUCAAGCUGUGGAUGUUGAUGGUGACAUUUGGGAAGAUGAGAUUGAAGAUUAGUUAAACUACUUUAUUGCUCAAAGCUAUAGAAAUGGAAUGGUUUGCUCUAUUCUUUUGUCGAGUACAGUGUGUAACCCUGCAGGAGGUUUAGAGAACCAUUCAUUCUUCCCAUGUAGGAAGUGUGGAAGAACAUGGUCUUUAUUUUCAUUUUCUGCUGAUUAAGGCACCUGUCUAAUUUUCCAUUGUCGUGUAAUGUGAACAAUUAUAAGCCAAAGGUUUCGGAAAACACUAGCAAAAAACAUAGAAGUAUUCAAUAUCAUAAUGUGCCCCAGAUUCUAAACCAUCAUAACUUAAACAUUUUAAAUAACUUUUUCAUAUCUUGAAGGCUUCUUGCUCUUCAGGGCAUCAAAUCAAAAGCACAUUCCUUGGGGUCAUUUCCCAUCGGAGCCAUUCAGUACUGCUCUUUAAUACUCUAGAGGAUACUGUUGAUAAUCAUAGCCGAAAAGAUGUGCCCUUACCCUCCAAUUCCAGGUCACACUCCUGCCAUUAUCAAUCCCAUAAGUAGGAAUUGUAUUUCCCGCCAAGUUGGUAUAGUUGAAUAGUGAUAAAGUUUUAAAUUUUCAGUUGAUCAUAUUUUCUAAUGAACUCUUACAUUUCUGGCUUUUAGAACAAAAAAAGCAUAUGGACAGUUUCCCACUUCAUCAGAAAUUACUUAAAUAUUUUCUGGUAUCACAAAUAUUUGUGGAUCAUCGAAUACUUAUUUUCUUAUUUAUUGAUCCAACAGAUUUGGGCCAAGUCUAGAGUUCAGUGAAUUGUUAUGGAAUCAGAACAUGAGUGAAUCCCUUCAAUUUAAAAUUAUGAUUUAUAUUCAACUUGAAUCCAUUUUUAUUUGUAUUGAAAUUAUAUACUAGCUUUCUUGGUCACUUAAUACUUUGCAGGCCAUCUCUCACACAUACCCUUUAUGUUAGGUUGGUGAUUAAUGAAAACUGAUUUUAAUAUUAUCCUGAGCAAAACAUGAAAUCAGUGAAGGCAGAAGGUGAGGUUUCUUUUAGUUCAAUAUUUAAUGAAGGGGAGGAGAAAAAAAAGAGGUAUGGGGAAAACUGACAUAUUUCCAAGGUGGAUAGAAAUUAUCUGCUGCUUGUGAGUGUUUAGAAUGCUACAUACAAUGUGAUAGCUCCCACCCUGACUUUGAAUUCUUUUUUUUUGAAAACCAUACUUUCUGCAAUGAUUUAGUUUUUAGUUUGAAAGAGCCUUGCUUUUCAAUUUUUGUUAAGCUUUUAGAAAGCAACUAUGUUUUUUCCCUCCUGUGGCUUGGUGUAGGAGUGGCUUGAUAGCAUAGUUAUUAUAAAGCUUAAAUUUUUCCAGCUUUAGGUGGCCUACAGUAUCUUCAUUUGCUGUUUGUGAAGCCAGUAAUUUUCCAUCUGCAUGCACGUUAUUGAAUUCAAAUUAAAUUACUUAAGACAUUUUUGUUUUACUAUGAUUCUAGCGUUGCAUUUUGGAUCAUAUAGCUCUUGAUUGGCAAGUUAGCUUUCUUGAGACACAUACCUCAUGCUAAGAAAGGGUAUUUUGACCAUCUCUCAACUAUUGUGAGCAAAGUUCUUGCCAAUUCAGUUCUAAAGUAUUGUCCACAUUAGAUAAGUGGGUAUAAUAAUUGGAUAAUUAGAGAAGAGGGCAAAAUAAAAUCAUAGAAUGAUCUUUUUUUUCCCAUACAUAUUGGAGCUUAGAUUUCUAGGACCUAUGUUUUGACAAAACUGAUUGUUUUUUAAGGACUGUCCCUUUUCCAGAAAAAUUUGAUAAAAUAAAUGUGAAUUCAGAAAACUGUCUGGUUAAGUAUAUCAGUGCAAAUAGCUGUUGAGUGAAAAAAGAAUUAAGUGCUGGCUUUUAAGAAGCAAUUGGUCCCUUCAAAUUGGGUGCUUAAAUUUGUUAAGUUGUCUGAUUUCUGCAAAUGAUUGUAAUAGUUGAGGCCAUUGCAUAGACACUGUUAAUAAGUGAGUUAAGAAGCAAGGGAGCUGCCUUUACAUGAGAAAAACAAGAAUACUUCCAUUUUUAGUAAAAGAAACAGUUAGCUAGGCUUGAAGUCUUGUUUGUUCAGCUGUUUUUAUUUAUAUAUAUAAUGGGGGGGAAAAGCUUUUACCCUUAAUUUUACCAUAGACAUUGGAAGGUGAGGAUUCUGAUUUUUGGGCAUGACUUUUAUAAACUGGUUUUAACAUGGCUUCAACUUUUAGUUUUUCUACUUGUUUAUUUCUGAGUGACUUGAAAAAAUAAGAUACUGAAUCUUGUUUGGAAAAUGCUUUGGAAGGGGAAUCUUUCCCCAGAAAGUACGCAAUAGAGAGAAGAGAUUUUUUAUGUUUAUAGUUUGGUUUCAUGAAGGCCUUGGUUACUGAGCAAGAUGCUUUACCAGAGUUUUACCCGAGUCCCAGUGAAACUUCUGAAUCUUUGUAACAGAAAUGAUAUCCUUUUUAGAUUUACUGUUUAUUAGCCUAACAGUGGUUGGAAGAAACUAUAUCCCUCUUUAAUUUUGUAAAAAGGGUUUGAGUCUAGUUCUGUUAAAUGAGAAUGUAAUCUACAAAUGAAUAAAUACUUUAUUUUAAAAAGCAAA